AUGGAACGACUUCUACGCCCUCCCCGGUUCGAAGUGGACCCUGACUCUGCCCAGGCCGCCAAGGAGUGGACACACUGGCUGCGGACAUUUACAAACUUCGUUGAAGCAGUGCAGCUGACUACCCCUACCCUUGACAAACUGGUUCUUCUCACUAACUAUGUGGCUCCUAGUGUGUAUGACUUUAUUUCUGAGUGUGAGACUUAUGAGAAGGCUGAAGAGGUUCUGACAUCUUUGUACGUGAAACCAAAGAAUGAAAUAUUUGCCAGACAUUUACUUGCCACUCGCAGGCAAAACUCAGGUGAGUCCCUGGAUCAGUUCCUGCAGGCACUGAAGCUACUUGCUAAGGACUGCCAAUUCAAAAGUGUAACUGCGGAGGAAGCGUGUGACAGUUAUGUUCGGGAUGCCUUCAUUAAUGGUUUGGUCUCGUGUGCAAUACGCCAGCGUCUGUUGGAGAAUAGGACACUGAACCUAAAUACUGCUUAUGAACAGGCUCGCACUCUGGAAAUGGCCCAGAAGCAUUCAGCCUCCUACUCUUCAGCAGAACCUGUCAAUGCUGCUGUGUCAGCAGUGAGUCGAGAGGAGGAAUCAUCUAGUGCUGAAAAUAACAGUGAGUCUGUUUCUGCUGCUACUUCUGGUGCUCGAUGUUUUUUUUGUGGGAACAACCGGCAUCCCCGGACUCAGUGUCCUGCUAAAGACGCUGUGUGUUUGAAAUGUAAGAAGCAAGGGCAUUAUGCUAGGGUGUGCCGCUCUGUGAAACAGGUGAGUGGCUCUUCUAGUCCAAAACAUUCUGCAGCAAUGCCAGCUUCAAUAGUGGGGGCCUCCCCUAAGUGUCUUGAAAAAUCCAUAACACCUCUCAAGCUUAAUGGUAGCUCUGUCAGUGCCCUUAUUGAUACUGGGAGUUCAGACAGCUUUGUGCGUCAUGAUGUAGUGGACCUAAACAAACUAACUAUGUCUCCAGAGCAUGGAAAAGUCUCUAUGGCUGAUGAAUCCCUGUCCUCAAACAUCUUAGGUCUGUGCACUGUGGACUUGGAGUUGCAAGGAGAGACUUAUCACGGUGUUGAACUCAAGGUGUUACAAAGCUUAUGUAGUGAUGUGAUACUAGGGCAUGACUUCCUGAGGAAACAUUCUGGCCUGGAAAUGGAUUUUGGAGGAGAAAAACCUCCCUUGAAGAUAUGUUCACUAGGUGUUGUUAAGGUGACCCCUCCUUUCCUUUUCAAGAACCUGACACCAGAUUGUAAACCAGUGGCUAAUAAGUCAAGAUUAUACUCCUUGAGUGACAAGCAGUUCAUUGAAGCCGAGACUGAGCGUAUGAUGUCGGAAGGAAUAAUAAGGCCUAGUAAUUCUCCUUGGAGGGCUCAAGUGCUGGUGACAUCAGGGGAGAAUCAGAAGAGGAGGAUGGUUAUAGAUUACUCUCGUACCAUAAACAGGUUCACUGAGCUUGAUGCCUACCCCCUGCCAAAUAUCGACGAGAUGGUGAACAACAUUGCACGGUACAAGGUGUUCAGUACCUUAGAUCUGAAAAGUGCUUACCAUCAGGUUGCAAUAAGAGAAGAGAGACCGUACACUGCAUUUGAAGCUGGGGGCAAACUUUAUGAGUUCAGUCGCAUUCCAUUUGGAGUGAAAAAUGGAGUAGCAGCUUUUCAACGUGUGCUUGACGAAAUCCUUAAGAAAGAAAAAGUAAGUGGUACUUUUGCUUAUGUUGACAAUGUUACUGUGUGUGGUGAGACAGAGGAGGAGCAUGACCAGAAUUUACGGAGGUUUUUGAAGGUGGCUGAGGAGUACAAUCUCACUCUAAACCACAACAAGUGUGACUUCAAAGUCAGAUCCAUUAAAUUACUUGGGUAUUCAGUAACGGAUGGGGAAAUCACACACACCCGAUCCGGAACGCUUGCAACCACUGUGGAAUCUUUCACCCCCCUAAAGAUGCAGCUUCUCUUCGCAUGA